UGACAGUUCGUCUUACCACGCGGGGAAAUGAGCAGGGAAAUGCAAUAUUUUCCAUCCAAUUCCAUUGCGUUGCUAUGGUUGCAUUUGGCUUGGGUUAUCUGGUUACCUAGAUGGGUAUUGAAUCAUGUAUUAUGGCGCCAUGGGCUGAAAUUGUUUGAGAUAUAAAUAAGGUGUGAAGUUGCACUUGGGGACAUUAUCGUAUCGCUCUGAAUUUUAUUCUUCUACGAGUGGUAGUAGCCAAUCUCCUAUUCACUUUCUCGUUUUCUAUCUGUCUACUCUAAUAAAGCUUCUCAAUACAUCCUACCGACUUUUGAACUUGGUUAUAACUUUACUCAAAAGUUCCUGUCAAACAACUUCAAUACACAACAUAACAAAACACACUCCGAUCAAACACUUCCACCAAACUCAAAAUGCGUUUCCAAAUCCUCGCCACAGUUCCCCUCUUCUCUCUCGUCAUCGCUCAAUCAGCCACAGAUACCGUCAACACCAUCACCACACCCGCCACCGUUCCCACAGCAAGCAACACAGCAACCAGCAGCACAGCCUCAGACAUCGGGGCCUACUCCCGCGAUGCGCAACAAGACGAAUCCGCCCUCUCAAUCCUCUCCGCGCAACUGGCGACCGAAACCAACCCCGGACAAAAAACCCAACUCAGCGCACAAAUCUCCCAUCUAACCGUUCAACUCGCCGUCCUAAGUUCCCAAGCCGCAUACGCCAGUUCUGUAUCUACCGCUGGCGCAGCCAAUGCUUCCGCCAAUGCGAUUUCUUAUAUCUCUAGCUUGAGCGCUAUUGCAGCCACCGAGACGAAUUCGGCUAUUAGGAGUCAGUUGAGUGUGCAGAUAAGUCAGAUUAGUAGUCAGGCGGGUUUAACUUCUACGUCGUCGAGCGAGUCGGUUAGGGUUACGGGGAGUGUGGUCACGACGACGAAUAGUGAGGGGAAGACGGUUACUAGUACUUCUAGUGCGACGGUGACGAAGGGCUCGGCGACGGGAUCCGGAACGGCAACGAGGAGUGCGGGGGAUAGUAGUAGUAGUGCUGGGGCAGUGGCGACGAGGGUUCCGGUUGUGGGGGCGGCGGUGUUGGGGAUGGCGGCUUUUCUGUUGUAGGGUGGGUGGAUGUAUGGUGUAUGAUUGGAGGAGAGGAAGGAAGGAAAGAAUAAUAACGCGGGAAUGAAUUAAUUGAGAUAAUGGCCGGGAUGGAUCAUAUGAAACUUAACGGAUAUGGAUGGGAUGGGUGGGAUUUUAAUGGAUUAAUAAGUGGUGGGAUGGCGAGAUAAAUCGAUAUGAUAUCAAUGAGAUGUUUCGAUGUAUACUAGGUAGUCCAGUCCAGUCCAGUUCAAUAUGAAAGAUAUUUGA